CAUUGACCUGAUUAUUAAAUCUCAUCUGUCGGCAUAACUCUUCAAAGAAAUACAGUUUUUGUCCAAAUGAAAUGGCUCAUAAAUAUGAACAUUAAGUGGGAUCUAACGGAACUUACGGAAGCCUUCUUGAUGUAAGAAAUUUGGAAUCAAAACUGGCCAAUGGAAUUCAAUGUCAUACUUUGUGCUCUGGCAAAGUUGAUUCAGGUCGUUAUUCGCAGGCGUGAAUUUGCAAGAUCUUCGCGAUGAAUCAGACUUGAUUUUGGGCGGCGAUGUAAUUUUAGCCAAAGUUGCGCACGGACGGCCGGAGCAUGCAGUGGCCGGGCAACGUAAAAAUAUCGUGUACGGGUCCUCAGAUAGCCGCGAGUAACCAACGAUGGCAGACGUAGCGAUCCGUGUUAUCCAGACAGUCUCAGCCACACUCGGGGUGCUUGGUAACGUUCUGGUGUGCGUCGUGAUCGGUCGAGUACGCACCAUGCACACGCUUACCAAUGCGUUCAUACUCAACCAGGCUGCCAUCGACUUGAUGGGGUCCGUAUUCACGCUGAUCGAAGCCAACGCGGGCCGGCCGAACCCCGUGCCGCCGGGGCUUGCCGGUGAACUCUACUGCCGCGUCUGGUACUCCAAGUUCUUCAUCUGGGCCUUCUUUGCUGCUUCUACCUACAGCCUGGUGGCUCUGACACUGGAACGAUACCUGGCCAUAGUGUUCCCUUACCGGUACCAGGUCGUAUUUACCAAACGGAAAGCGGUCUUGGUCAUAGUGUUCGUUUGGAUGCUGGGUUUGGUAAAUUCCGUUUACAACUUGAUAUAUGUAGCACCGGACGGCAAGGGACUGUGUGUUUCGGUCAAGGUGGCUGGGUCUCAGAUCAUUGGUGCGAUGCUGUUCCUGACCGAGUACGCAAUACCGGUUGCGGUAAUGUUGUACGCUUACAUCCACAUCACGAUGGUGCUGAAGCGAAGCGCCAAUCGGGUCGGCCCAGUGACGGGGGAAGGAGCGGGAAAUCACGGCGGACAGGAGCACCAAGGCCGGGCUGGUUCGCUCCUCCGAGCCCGAAAGAACGUCUUCAAGACGCUCCUGAUCGUCUUCUGCUCCUUCGUGGUCUGCUGGACCCCCAACAAGAUCAUCUUUUUCAUGUUCAACUUCGGCUGGCCGCUAGACUUCAGCAGCUCCCUGUAUGUGUUCUCCGUGGCUCUGGUGGCAGCUAACGUGUUCGUCAACCCGGUGAUCUAUGCGCUGAAGUACCGGCAGUUCCGUCGCGGCAUUAAGGUCCUACUCGGGCGAGCUGUGCACGCUGAUGAGAUAUUCACCACUUCAGCUGGACAAGUCCCCAUCCAGAGCAACGCUUAAAACAACGGCAUUCCUGUUCGUGAUAUGGCCUGAAUGAGAAGAACCUUUACGAAAUAUUCGAACAGCGGAGAGGUUAAAAUUCGUUAAAAGAUGAAACACUAUCGUCAAGUCUUGUAAAAUUCAGACUGUCAUGCCAGACACAUCUGGAGUCUCGUCUCCGGCGGCUGAGGUCAGUUUCUUUACAGAAGUGUCAUGCACAGCCAGACCACACAGAAUUUAUCAAACUCACAUGUCAUAACAGUACUCGUCGUCACUUGUACCGUGUGAUUCGAAUUUGUCAUUUCUAGUCACAUGCCCUUUUGCUAUAUGUGGCAGUUUGUAAAGGUAGGCCUAUACACCAUCAUCAUUUUGAGGGUUUUUUAAACAAAAUCCUGGAACACUUGGCUUCAUUUUUCGUCGGUUUAAACUGUAAUAUUUUAUUGUUGACGCAACUAGUUGGCAAUCGUAAGAACAGGAACUAUGCACGUUCACUUGUAUCUGAGAGAUCUACUGAAAGUCAGGGUACGGAAUUUUGUUUUAAUUAACUUAAUAAUGAAAUUUAAAGGAUAGACCAUGGAAUCAUGUUUUUUGAACAAACACCUUCGUCCGUUGGUCAGCAUGUGUUUUCAACUUUGUGUUUGUUGGCUACGCUUUAAUGGUUGGUUGAAUAUAGUUUAAGUUGUUGUUUAUGGUGGGACUAUUUUAAAUUCAUUAUGUGGCUCUUCUGUUUAUUUAAAGUUGCUCUCCCCGUAAGGUUUUCGAGUUUCACCAAAAAAAAAAUAAUAAUGUUUUUAAAUUGCUAUUUUUUGCAAUAAAUAAGUUAUUCAUGUUUAAAAGAGACAUCGACCCCAAAAAUUACGCUCGUCGUAUUAUGAAAUAUUUAUUGUACACAUUGACUUGUUUUGCGGCCCGAAAUUCCUUCAGGCAUUUCUUUCGUGCGUUAUGGGCGCAAAGCAACACAAAUUUAAGCGUAUUUCCAGAGGGUUGAAAACGUCCAAAA